CAUGAGAUCAGACUCAGACUCAGAAGAGAAAAUCCAAAUCCAGGUUGUCUACUACCUUUCAAGAAAUGGUCUUCUUGACCACCCACAUUACAUGGAAUUCGCCCAUCACCACACCCACCCCACCCUCAAAGAUGUAAUGGAAAGACUCACUCAACUCAGAGGCAAAGCCAUACCUUCUCUCUACUCCUGGUCUUGCAAGAGGAGCUACAAGAAUGGAUAUGUUUGGAAUGAUUUGGCUGAAGAUGACCUCAUUUUCCCAUCUGAAGGAGGUGAAUAUGUGCUCAAAGGAUCUGAGAUUCUUCUAACCUGCACUGAGAAGCUGCAAUGCCUGCAACUGCAACUCAAGCAAGACCCAAGCUUUCACCCAAAACGCAAACUUUUACUCUCAAAACGACAUCCUCCUCAGCAGCACAAAAUACCAAACAACCAACACGAAGAAGAAGAAGAAGAAGACGGAACAGAGAAACAGACCAGCAAGAGCUGCUCCAGAGGCGUCUCCACUGAUGAAAUUGAAGAAUUAAACACUCAGACACCUCCACAAUCCGAGCAUGUCAUCGACGCCGAUUCCUCGCCGCCCUCGGCUCGUUCAGAAAAUUCGUCGAACACCUUGGACGCGCUCAAUCCGACGAGAUUCGAGGACGGCGAUCCCAUCGGAAUCGAGCCAAUGCUUAGCCGGAAUUCGAUGCUCCUCAGCCUCAUCGCCUGCGGCGGAUCGAGCUCGUUCAGGAAGAGCUUCCCUAGUCACGACGAGAUUCCGGCGAGGAAGAGCUGCAGCGGAGCUAGCCUGCACAAGGCAGCCGUCCUCAAGGCGGCGGCGGCGGCGGCGACGACGACGACAACGGAGAAGGAAGAAGAGGACGAGAUCAUGAUCAGAUACAUGUCGGAGAAUCCACGGUUGAUCGGGAAUUUCCCUGCGGAGGAAAAAGAGUACUUCAGUGGAAGCAUCGUGGAAGCCAUGGGCGAUGACGUAAGGCUUGGUAGAGAUCAACGGCCACGAUUGAAGAGAUCCUCUUCCUUCAAUCAAGACAGAAGUGACACGACAAGAGAAGCAGCAGCAGCUGCUGCUGUAAGAAAAGAGCUGAAUAAGGAAAAGUCCAAAAUGAAAGGAAAAUGCCUUCCCAGGAAAAAAACAACUUCUUCAUCUAAAAAGAAGUUCAAAAUUCAAGCCCUCCAUUGAUACAUUUCUGUCUGUUUUUUGGAGGUUGGAUGCAUUUAUUGAGCAAUUUUAAUGUGGACAAUUUAUUAUUCCAGUUACCUAAGCAACUGCCCAAAGAAAUAAAACAGCCUUAUCAUAAUUAUAUGACCUUUUUUUAUUUCGCCUAUAUA